AUGUCAGCCGGCCAGCCGAGGAAGCGGCCCCCGAACGCGCCGCCGCCCAACCAGCAGCAGCAGCACAAGAGAUCGAGCAAGCGGGCGAGGGGCUCCCCUCUGCUGACCCUCAGCUCUCACAUCCACCUCCGCUGGGAUGACCGCUCCAGGCGGGCCCUCCCCGCCGACGACCAGAUCGGCAUCCCCUGGCGCCACCUCGCCCCCUUCAUCGACUCCCCGCCCCGCGCCCGCCGCGCCCUCGCCCUCGCCCUCGCCGACGUCGCCCCCGUCCCCAGGCGGAUUUUCUCCCUGGGCGACAUCCCUCUCCUCGGUGGGGUGUUGUCCUACGAGGUCUGGGACGCCUGCCUGACGGAGGCCGACAGGAGGUUCCUUGCCAGGUUUCUUCCGGCCGGCUCCGAUGCCGAGGAAGCAGUGCGCCAUUUGCUCACAGGGGAAAAUCACCACUUUGGGAACCCCCUUGUAACCUGGUCCUCUUCUCUUUGCUCUGCUCAUCUUCAUCCAGACGCUAUACUUCACAAGGAGCAGCAAAUCAGAGCCGAUAACAAGGCAUAUCAUGCACUGUUGAACAACUACCAUUCCGACAUCACUGAGACCCUCACCAGGUGGAGGGACAAAUGGUUAACUUGUGACAAUCCAAAAAGCUUGUUCAGGGAUAACCUUGCUAAACAGCGACGAGGGGACCGGCAGUCAUCCGGAGAAAAUGUCAUAUUUUCUAACGCUCCUAAGAAUGCAAUACCCAUGAAGGUUGUACGAAACGGUGAUGUCACAAAGUAUAUGUCAUAUAUUAAGGUCAGCAGGGCUCAACAUGAUCUUGUUAAGAGAAUGAAACAAUCUGGUGAUGGCAUUCAGACAAGACAUCUUGUUGGUGUUAUUGGUGAUAUCGAUAACUUUCAUGUGAAACCAUAUGAGACACUGAUGGAGGAUGAGAAACAGAAACUGCACGAUCAUUGGGUCAUUCUGUCAUGUAAAGAACUCCCUGCUGCUUUCAAGGCCCGCCGGGAAGAGAAGUUGGUUGCUGAGAAAUUAAGGAGGUCUUUGUGCCUUGAAAUUGCAGAGAGGAAUAUGUCUGAGGUGGAAAAGGCAGAGCAGUUAGGUGUCAGAACCGCAGAAGUUGGGCAAGAUGGCGCUUAUCGAAAUAGUGGCACCUCAGAUGGACAGGAAGAACUGGUAGAGCACUCGCCUCAGGAUGUGCCGCAAUCCGGGAAUAAUAGCAGCGCAGGUCUUGAAGAUGAAGAAGAUGCCAAUGAUACAAGUGAUACUACUGAUACAUCCACAGACUCUCAUGACAGCCCAAACACGACAGAUCAAGAUGGCAAUGAUGGCAAUGGUACGAGUGAUACAGGUACAUCCACUGACUCUCAUGACGGCCCAAACGUGACAGAUCAGGAUGUUAUGGACACGAAUAACACGAAUAUACAUACCCAGAGUCAGGGUACCUCAGACGAGCAAGAUGAAGAAGUUGAAAAGACUAGCAGCACAAGUGCUAAAAGUGGCGACAGCUCAGACGCGCAAGAUGAAGCCCCUGUGGAUAUAAGCUGUAGGAACGGAAUCUCCCAGAGCGAUCCAGGCAUGGCAGAUGAUGAUAUGGAAGACACCAGCUGCAAUGAUACAACUCUCCAAGACCAUCACAUUCCAGAUAUGCAAUCUCAGGAGCCCAAGGCCAUGAGCGACACGAUCUCACCUAUUCAAGGCCUCAACAGCCCGAAUAUGCUAGUUCAAGAUUGCAAGAAGACUGGCUAUAUAGGUUUUCCUAUUCAUGUUCAUGGCGGUUUCGAUGAGCAAACUGAUGACUUGAAGAACAUGUGCUACCCGAGUGCCUCAACUGGACAUGACAAUAAAAAAGAGAUGAAUGGCAUGAUUCUUGAUCAAAGAGAGACUGAUGAUAUCUCAAUGAUGCCCUCUGAUAGUACUUUGAGCAGGCAAACUAAUGUGGAAGGUCCUGAACUAAAAGGGCCUGCAAAAUGCGAGAAAGAAUUAUGGCAGUCAGCAAGCUCUGUGGAUUCCUUUUACCACCCUCCGGGGAAUGGCCUAUACGCACAAUCAGGUGCCCUGCAGCUUAAACAUCAUCUGUCUGGAGGGCCAGCAACUUGUAUGAUUGACUUGAAGGUAGAUGACAGACGCAGACAGCAAACUCAAAUCAGUGUUCCUGCUGCGCAACCGAUGAGCAGUUCAGCAUCUCUGUUGCAACCAUGCACCGACCAGCUAAACGGUGAGCAGCUCCUAAAUGGCACAAAGGGUGUCGGAAUGGUCCCCUCUUAUUCCCUGGGACAUGUGAACGGCAUGAAACAGUCUAUGGGCUUGCAUUCCAUGACAAACGGACACCUAGCUCAAUCUGGCCUGGCCCAAGAGCAGAUGCAAUUGCUUGGUGAGAGGCACAGCGGACUUUACUCGCAGCAAGUUGAGAACAACAUCAACAUGUAUUCCAGUGCAACGCUCUGUACUCAGAACAGCUUUCCUAUGGUCGAGCCGCAAAGUUUUGCGGGUCACGUGCCUGCAGAUCGGAGUCGCAGCUGGUUCCCUGAUGAGGACCAACCAUCACAUAAUAAUUGGUCUGGAAUGGGAUCAAACGGCGUCGUUUUAGGCCAGGAUGUGCCUGGCGGGGAUGGGAGUCUUCUGAGCGUCCUGUCCCAGUACAAGCAGCAGGUAUCUUCACGCCCGCCGGGCUCUGACCAGCUGCUCCUUGGAGGAAGGAGGAAUCUAGUUGCUCCUCUUGGUGUUGCUGAGAACAUGGUUCUUCCAUCCCCAGAUGUGUAUGGUUACACCCACCAGAAUAAUGUGGCAAGCAGCCAGGUAGACAGCAAUCUGCAAUGGGCACAGGGAAUGACCCAUCCUUCUUCCUCUGCUGCUUGUUUCAGGCAGUUUGGUGGAGGGCCCUGGUCAAGAUAG